AUGAAAGAGAAGUCCAAAAAUGCUGCCCGGACUAGACGGGAGAAAGAAAACAGUGAAUUUUAUGAACUGGCUAAAUUACUACCCCUGCCCUCCGCUAUCACCUCUCAGCUGGACAAAGCGUCCAUAAUCAGACUCACCACCAGCUAUUUAAAAAUGAGGGUGGUUUUUCCAGAAGGACUCGGAGAAGCCUGGGGCCACUCUAGCCGAACCAGCCCGCUGGAUAACGUUGGACGGGAACUGGGAUCCCAUCUUUUGCAGACGUUGGACGGUUUCAUAUUUGUCGUGGCUCCGGACGGCAAGAUCAUGUACAUCUCGGAGACCGCCUCGGUGCACCUGGGCUUGUCGCAGGAGCCAGAGUACGAGAUCGAGAGGUCUUUUUUCCUGAGGAUGAUCCUGGCCAAGCGGAACGCGGGCCUGACCUGCGGCGGCUACAAGGUCAUUCACUGCAGCGGGUACCUGAAGAUCCGCCAGUACAGCCUGGACAUGUCCCCCUUCGACGGCUGCUACCAAAACGUUGGCUUGGUCGCCGUGGGCCACUCGCUGCCGCCCAGCGCCGUGACGGAGAUCAAGCUCCACAGCAAUAUGUUCAUGUUUCGCGCCAGCCUAGACAUGAAGCUCAUAUUCUUAGAUUCCAGGGUAGCUGAGCUAACAGGUUACGAGCCCCAGGACUUGAUAGAGAAGACCCUUUACCACCACGUCCACGGCUGUGACACCUUCCACCUGCGCUGCGCCCAUCACCUGUUGCUGGUGAAAGGGCAAGUGACCACCAAGUACUACCGCUUCCUGGCCAAGCACGGCGGCUGGCGUGAACAUCGAUCACGGAACUCUACCUCAAAUGACCCGAGUGGAAAUGAAACAUCCCAGCUGGGGAUCCGGCUCGAUCUGUCCCCUGCUUGCCGGGGUGAGAACCACGGCACCAGCAUUUCAGGCUGGCGCAGCAAAGCAAGCAGGGAGUACCCUGAUCCCGUGGGGGCCGGUCAGACAACCCCCUCGGAGCUGUUUUCCAGCAGCGGGACCGGUGAUACCGUGUGCCGCCCCAGCCCCCUUGCCUGCGCACCGGUGCCGCGGUCACCACCGGUGCAACCCAGCCCAGGGUGGCUACCAGCGGCUCCGAGGGGCCCGCGGCACCCGGGGCCGCUUUUUUUUGCAGCCCCUGGGAGCACCGCGGCUCCGCGCCCCGGCAGGAUUUCUCCGCCGCCUGGAAGCUGGGCUCGGGGGCCCCGGCGCAUGUCCAAACUUGCUAAGAAAAUCUACUGUAGUUCCUUAAGGAUGACAUUGAAUUGUUCCAGUAAACCAGGAACAGCUGAGAUAGAUGUGUGUGUGCUGCGGGUUCCUCCCAGACUUCACCCACCCGGCAUCGGGUGCGUGGCAGAGCCGCUUGUGCAGAUGCAGUUCCCGGCAGAGGCACAGGUUUGCCCGCUGCAGCCUCGUCGUGUUAUAAACCCAGCUAGGAAAAACGUGCGUACGGAAGAGAAAGCCAAACCUUUGCAUAUCGACUCGUGUAUGGAGGCCGAGGAGAAAGCAAAAGAGGUUCCGUAUGACUACAUGAAAUACUUCCCCGGGGAUACUGAAUAUAAAGGACUACAGCUCUCCCUGGAUCAGGUCACUGCUACCAAGCCGGCAUUCUCAUACGCAAAUUCAACUCCGACCAUAACGGAUAAUAGAAAGGGAAGCAAAUCUCACCUCUCGAGCACAAAGUCAAAAUCAAGGACAUCACCAUACCCACAGUAUUCUGGAUUCCACACUGAGAGAUCUGAGUCUGACCAUGAAAGCCAGUGGGGCGGGAGCCCCCUGACCGAUACAGCUUCUCCCCAGCUACUGGAGCCCGCGGACAGACCGAGCUCCCAGCACCACGAUGUCUCCUGUGCCUACAGACAGUACUCAGACCGCAGUGCUCUCUGCUACGGUUUUGCACUCGACCACUCCAGGCUGACUGAUGACAGACAUUUCCAUACUCAGGCCUGUGAAGGAGGCAGAUGUGAAGCUGGCCGGUAUUUCCUUGGCACGCCGCAGCCGGGAAGGGAGAGCUGGUGGGGUUCUCGUUCAGCAUUGCCCCUGACUAAAUCAUCCCCUGAGAGCAGAGAAGCGUAUGAAAACAGUAUGCCCCACAUAACGUCGGUGCACAGGAUUCAUGGGAGAGGACACUGGGAUGAGGACAGUGUCGUUAGCUCACCUGAUCCUGGCUCUGCCAGUGAAUCAGGCGACCGAUACCGUACUGAGCAAUAUCAGAGCAGUCCGCAUGAGCCCAGCAAAAUUGAAACUCUAAUAAGAGCCACCCAGCAAAUGAUUAAAGAGGAAGAAAACAGACUACAGCUGCGGAAAACGACCCCUGAUCCACUGGUCUCCAUUAAUGGCACAGGGAAGAAGCACGCUACCUGUUUUGCAAACUACCCUCAGCAGCAGUUGGCAGGGGAUGUCUGCCGUGUCCCGACGGUUGCCAACACUCCUCCCUGUGAACACAUCCAGCAACGAGAUGGAAAGAUUAUGAGCCCACAUGAAAAUGACUAUGACAACAGCCCCACAACACUGUCUAGGAUAAGCAGCCCCAAUUCUGAUCGAAUAUCAAAAUCUAGUUUGGUACUAGCUAAAGACUACCUGCAUUCAGACAUGUCCCCUCAUCAAACCCCAGGGGACCACCCAGCAGCCUCUCCAAAUUACUACAGCUCCCACAGGCAGUACUUUGAUAAGCAUGCUUACACAUUAACUGGAUAUGCCCUGGAGCAUCUAUAUGACACUGAAACCAUUAGAAACUAUUCACUAGGCUGUAAUGGAUCACACUUUGAUGUGACUUCUCACUUAAGGAUGCAGCAAGAUCCAGCACAAGGACACAAGGGAACAUCCGUUAUAAUAACCAAUGGAAGCUGA